GAUUGAGGGGGAAAUGUCUACUGGUGUAUGACAUGGAACAUCAAUCCUAUCCAUGUAUAUAUAAGUCAAGAAAUCAAGAAGAAGCAAAAUUGAUUAAUUGGUUGCUCAAAAUUGACUUUGAUUUCUUUACUUGCUCUGUAUAAAUACAGCAUUCGCACAGACUCUUCGCCGCAUCCCAUUCUCCAUUCGACUUUCCCCCUCCCUUUUGAUCUCUUGGGUUUUGAUCAGAACAAACGAGGGAACCAUGAAUGCAUUAGCAGCAACCAACAGAAACUUCAAGCUAGCAGCUAGGCUGCUGGGUCUCGACUCCAAGCUCGAGAAGAGCUUGCUCAUCCCUUUCAGAGAAAUCAAGGUUGAGUGCACAAUACCAAAAGAUGAUGGAAGUUUGGCAUCAUUUGUUGGGUUCAGGGUUCAGCAUGACAAUGCCAGAGGCCCCAUGAAGGGAGGAAUCAGAUAUCAUCCCGAGGUUGAUCCUGAUGAAGUGAAUGCACUAGCACAGCUCAUGACUUGGAAAACAGCAGUGGCAAACAUCCCAUAUGGUGGUGCAAAAGGUGGGAUUGGAUGCGAUCCAGGAGACCUGAGCAUUUCAGAACUUGAAAGGCUUACUAGGGUUUUCACCCAAAAGAUUCAUGAUUUGAUUGGAAUUCACAUUGAUGUUCCUGCCCCUGAUAUGGGCACUGGCCCUCAGGUAAAACAGACCAUGGCUUGGAUUCUCGACGAGUACUCAAAAUUCCAUGGCCACUCACCUGCUGUGGUCACAGGAAAGCCCAUUGAUCUUGGUGGAUCACUUGGGAGAGAUGCUGCCACUGGGAGAGGAGUGCUGUUUGCAGCAGAAGCCUUGCUGAAUGAGCAUGGGAAGACUGUUUCUGGACAGCGAUUCGCCAUACAGGGUUUUGGCAAUGUGGGUUCCUGGGCUGCCCAACUGAUUCACGAGCAAGGUGGGAAGGUUGUUGCAGUGAGUGACAUCACUGGGGCUAUCAAGAAUAGCAAAGGAAUUGAUGUACCAAGUCUCCUGAAACAUGUGAAGGAACAUAAGGGUGUGACAGGUUUCCAUGGAGCUGAUGCCAUUGAUCCGCAAUCAGUAUUAGUUGAGGACUGUGACAUCCUAAUCCCAGCUGCCCUUGGAGGUGUCAUCAACAGGGAUAAUGCCAACGAUAUCAAAGCCAAAUUCAUUGUUGAAGCUGCUAAUCAUCCAACUGAUCCAGAAGCUGAUGAGAUUCUGUCAAAGAAAGGUGUUGUGAUUCUUCCAGAUAUUUAUGCAAACUCAGGUGGCGUUACUGUUAGUUACUUUGAGUGGGUGCAGAACAUUCAAGGAUUCAUGUGGGAGGAAGAGAAAGUUAAUAAUGUACUAAAGACUUACAUGACCAAAGGGUUCAAAGAUGUGAAAGAGAUGUGCAAAACCCAUAAUUGCGAUCUCAGGAUGGGCGCCUUCACCCUGGGAGUUAACCGUGUUGCUCGAGCUACUGUUCUUCGAGGAUGGGAAGCUUGAGAGAUGAGAUUCUGAUGAUGAUGAUCACUAAUUUGGAAUAAGGUUUUGGAAGGCUUCAGCUGCAGCCCCUGGCCAGUUUUUUUAAUUUAUUCUGCAGUAAUUUAUCAUAACCAAGUUGUUUUUCUUUGCUAUAUGUAGUCGGUCAUACUUUUCAUUGAGUGAUUUGUGAUUUCGAUUCCCUAAUGUAUCCAAGGUACAUUGUAGGUUUAGUUUAGAGAACAUGAGUGGUAACCAUACCACAAAGCCAUCCAUCUGCAUAUUUUCGUUAGUUGUGAUAUAUGAAUUCUGCCAUCAUAUUUGUGCGCAGAUGGGAGUGAUUCUUACUGCAAUAAUAAACUUGGUUUUCAACUUCCUAUUCAUUACAACAUCUCUUCAGUUUCAGCUUAAACUUCGUUUUCAAUUUUCUAUCCAUUAUGUCCAUAGUAUAUAGUUUCAGCCAAGUUAAUCAAUGAAUGUACAAAGGGGUGU